UGUUUAUUUCUUGUUUCUUUCAGAUAUCAGACAUUAAAUAAUGAAGAUCAACCAGACAAUCCUACAGGAAUUCAUUCUUGUUGGCUUUUCUGUUUACCCACAUGUACAGACACUCCUCUUUGUGGUCUUCUUUUGCCUCUACCUUCUCACCCUCACAGGUAACCUGGCCAUCAUGGGUCUUACUUGGGUGGACAGAGCUCUCCACACCCCUAUGUACCUCUUCCUCAGUGCACUCUCCUUCUCUGAGACCUGCUACACCAUGGCCAUCAUCCCCAAGAUGCUGGCAGAUCUACUGGCCAAAAGUAGAAGUAUUUCAGUCAUGGGUUGUGGCUUGCAGUUGUGUUUCUUCUUGGGAUUUGGUGGCAGUAAUUGUUUCAUCCUUACAUUGAUGGGCUAUGAUCGCUUCCUGGCCAUCUGCAACCCUCUCAGAUAUCCCCUGCUUAUGACCAACAUGGUAUGUGGACAACUUGUGGCCUAUGCUUGGGCUGGAGGCUUCUUUGUCUCUCUGAUAGAGACUGCACUCAUAUUCAGGGGCUCUUUCUGCAGCCCCAACCUUGUCAAACACUUCUUCUGCCAUAUGAGGGAAGUUGUGAGGCUGAACUGUAUAGACAGUGACCUCACAGAAUUUAUUAUAAUCCUUAUCCCAGCGUCAGGCUUGCUGGGCACCUUCCUGCUCAUCCUCCUCACUUACGUUUUCAUUCUGUCCACUGUCCUCAGGAUCCCUUCAGCUGAGGGCAAGCAGAAGGCAUUUUCUACCUGUGCCUCCCACAUCACAGUGGUCGCCAUCCACUUUGGUUUUGCGUCUAUUGCUUAUCUGAAGGCUGAAGCCUCAGGGGGAGAUGACACACUGAUAGCAGUCACUUACACUAUCAUUACCCCGUUCCUCAACCCCCUCAUUUUCAGCCUCAGGAAUAAGGACAUGAAGAAUGCUUUUAGAAAGGUGCUUGGAAUGACAAGGUCUUUGAAUGAAUACUUUUGGAUUAUUUCUGCAUGGUUGACUGUCCCCAGAAUUCAGUGA